AUGAGUGCAAACGAGGAGAAUAGCUGCCAAGCGGGUCACCCAGCGGGUCACCCAGCGGGUGGUGCUUUUCAUCGAGACGACAUCGAUGCUGUUAAUAGUGUUUAUAACCCUUCUCAUGUGGGCGAGAUGGGUGCAAUUUGUAUGCCACAAGCUGACGGAAAUGCAAUGUUCAAAGUUACCAACGCAACACUCCAGCUCAUACAUUCAAGAGCUCAAUUAACGUCCAAAACACCGGUGGAAGAUCUUGAAAGAGAGCUGGUUGUAGUUACCCAUAGAGGCAAGGUGGCAAUAGGGAAUGUGAUGGAAGAUGAGGAUCCUCAAAAGCAUAAAAAGAGCCAAGAUGUGGAAGAACAAGAAUUACCUAUUCGACAAAACCUUACCAAAGAACCACAGAAGGAAGCGGAGCAACAAGUUCAAGUUUCAAAAGUCAUGCACCCUUUACCCAAGAUACCUCCACCAUUUUCCCAACGUAUGAAAAAGAAGAAUGAAGAAGAGAAGUUCAGAAAUUUUUUGUCAGUAUUCAAGAACUUAUCAAUUAACCUUCCUCUGGUGGAAGCAUUGUUGGAAAUGCCGGGAUACUCCAAAUUCAUGAAAGAGUUGGUUACAAAGAAAAGGAGUUUGGACUAUGAAACGAUUGAGGUGCCCCAUAGUUGUAGUGCAAGUAUGACAAAUGAGUCAAUCACUAAGAGAGAAGAUCCUGGGGCAUUCCCAAUCCCGUGCACAAUUGGCAUGCUUCAAUUCGCUAAAGCUUUGUGCGAUUUAGGAGUAAGCAUUAACUUGAUGCCCUAUGCAAUAUACAAGCAACUUGGUUUGGGUGAACCAAAGGCAACCACAAUGAGACUCCUUAUGGCUGAUCGAUCAAUCAAGCACCCAACGGGGAUACUCUAUGACAUAUUGGUAAAAGUGGAUCGGUUCAUCUUUUCAGCUGAUUUUGUGAUUCUAGAUUGUGAGAUCGAUGUUGCAAUCCUUAUUAUUUAG